AUGUCUAAUUUUAACGAAAUUAUGAAAAUAUAUGAAAAUAAUAAAAGUAUUGAAAAAAAUAUAUUUGAUGAAAUUAAUUUAAAUAACUUGAAUAAAGAUACCAAUAAGUUUUCAUUAAAUGAUAUUUUAUCAAAAGUUAAAAAUACUGAAUUUGAACAAAAAAAUAAUACAAUAAAAAAUAAAUUUUAUGAUAUUGUAAAAAAAAAUGAAUAUAAAAGGAAAAAACCUAUGAAAAAAGAACAAGAAAAAUAUGAAUAUGAAGAAAACUUUCAUAGUUUUCAAAAUGAAGUGGAUAAUUUGAACGACUUCACUAUGUAUAACAAUAAUAGUUAUAUAGAUGAGAUACAAAAAUUAAAUGAAAAUAAGACUAAAAAAAUAAAAAAUAACAAUAAGCUAAAUUCAGUAGAUUAUAUAAAAAUUUUAAAUAUUAUUUCUGAAAAGCAGUUUAAUGAUUCAUUUUAUAAAUGUAAUAAUAAUAAUGAUUGUAUAAAGUCAUUUAAUUUUAUUCAACAAGGUAAUGGAAUAUUAAACUCUAAUUUAUCAAAUGAUUAUAAAAAAUAUAUUUCCGAAUAUUUGAUGAAUAAAGAAGAGAAGAAAUUAAGAAACAAAAAUUUAAUUAGAUACAACAAAAAAGAAGAUACAUUUUUUAGAUACACUAGUAAAAAUAAAGAUAAUAAUACUAAUGAUAACUUUCAAAAAUUAGUAUAUAAUAAUAAUAAUAUUAAUGCCAUUUAUGGAAAUCUAUCAAUUUUAAAGAAGAAAAAAAUAAAAAAAAAUAAAGAAGAAAAUAAUAAAAAUGAUAACAUUAAAUAUAAAACUGGAUGUGAAUUUAAUAAUUUUGAAGAUAGUAUACCAAGUAACUCUUCAAGUUUUAACAGAAAUAAAAAACAAAUUAGAAGUUCAUCUAAUGAAAGUAUAUUAAAAAAUCAAAGAAAUAUAUAUAAUUCAAAUUUAAGAAAUACAAAAGUUUUUGAUAAGAAAAAGAAAUUAGAAAAUAGUAAAUACUCGUUCGAUGUAAAAUUUUUAAAAGAAAAAAAAAGUUAUGAAGAUUUAGAAAAUAAAUGCAAAAUCAAAAUAAAAAACGAAAAAAAAUCUCAAAAUUUAUUAACAAAUGUUAUUGAGAAAGUUAAAAAAGAAAACAUAACUUCAAUUGAUGAAAAGGGAUUUAUUAAAGAAAUGGAAAAUAAUAAUAAUAAAGAAUCUUCUGAAAAAAAUGAAUUAAAAAAAAAAAAUAUAUCAUUAAAUACAGAAGUUAAUGAUAGAUUAAGAAAAAAAAUUAGAUGUAAGUUUAAAAUAAAGAAAAUAAAUAAGUCGAUAAUAUCACAAACAAAUUCAAGUAAUUUAUAUAAAAAUUCAUUAGAUAAUUCAAAUAAAGUUAUAUCGGAUAAUUCAGAUAAAAAAUCAUUAAAUGCAUUGAAUAAAAAUUUACCAGAUAAAUUAUCUGUCAAUAUGAAAAAGAAAAAAAUAAAAAAUAAGCAAUUAGAUAAAUUAAUAGAAAAUGAAAAAGAAAAGAAAGAUAAAGAAUAUUUUUCAAGCUAUAAAUCAAAAGAAAAAUAUUUAAAAAAAAAAGAGAAUAGUAAUAAUAGUGGAAAUAUUAAUUAUUCAAAUAAAAUUGUUAAUAAUAAAGACAAUUAUAAUAAUAAAAAUAUAAUUAAAGAAACAACAAUUAAAAAGAAAAACAAUUCAGAAAAUGUAUCAAAUAAAAAAGAUAAGAAACAUCAUUAUUAUCUUAAUGAAAACAGUAAAAUUGAAAUGAAAGAAAAAAAUUAUAAUAAUGAUAAACAUAUGAAUAGAAAAAAUUUUAUUUAUCCAAAAAAAUAUUCUAUAGAACUAAUUAAAAAUUAUAAAUACCUUGACGAAAGGAUGAAAAAUUAUAUCAAUGAGCAAAUAAAAUAUUAUGGGAAUGAUUUAAGGAGAGAUCAUAUUGAAAAUAUUAAUAUGUAUAUUAUGAAAAAUCUUUCAAGUAAAAAUUUGGGACAAAAUACUAAAAGAAAUUAUAAUACAUUACUUACUAAUACUAUGAAUGAAAAUUACUAUAAAAAAUUAGAUGAAAAAAGUGAAGAUAUGAAAUAUGAUAUGAGUUCUGAUUCAAAGUUAUUUCUUCUCACAAAUAAAGAGGCAUAUAAAAAUAUAUCAGUUAGUUCAUAUAAGGAGGCAAAAAAACAUUUUGAUUCAAUUUAUGGUAUAAAAAAAAAAAAUAUGAAUUGUUAUCUCAAUCAAAUAAAAAAUAAUAAUGUUUUUACAAAAGAAGAAAAAGGAAAAAACUAUAAAUUAACAAAAAAAAAUAAUUUAAAGGAAGCAGCAAAUUGUAAAUUAGACACAGAAAAAUACAUUAAUUUUUUUGAAGUGUAUUCCUAUUUAACAAAUGAGAAAAAUAUUUUAGAAAAAAUGUUAAACGAAAAAGAAAAAAGAAAUACAAAGUGUCACUUAGAAGAAUUAAAAGAUAUAGAAAAAAAAAUGAUAAAAUUUAUUGAUAAUUUUGAACAAAUUAUAACAAGAAAACAAGAUGAAAAAAGUAUUUUUAACGACAACAUAUACAAAAAGAGUACUACUUUUGAAAUUGAUAUUCUUCUAAAAAUAUUAGAUGAAAUAAUACAAAUAAUAAAUAAUCACUUCAAUUAUAAUAAAAAAUAA